AUGCCUUCUCGUCUCACCGACUUCGGCGCAGUGCGGUCGCCUGAAGACGAGCGCACGCCCGCCGCCGCUUUGCCUCAGAACAACUAUACCAACGGCUCCAACGGCUGGAGAGGCGGCAACAUUUGGGGCAACGGCGCCCUCGGCACGUUUGCCUCGCGGGAGCGUACGGAAUUUCCUACGUAUUCGCCCGCCUCGCGUACUAAUGUGGGAUCAGAGAACGGUUCGUUCAGGGCUUCGCUACCGGAAGAGAUCGAGGGUAAGACUGGUUCCGGAUCCCUCGUAGCCUCGUCCGAGUCGGAUCACUGGGGUCCCCGUCGCACUACACCAUGGAACACGGCAGAUACCAGCGCCCAACCAAUCUCUGCGCAACGAAGAGCAUCCAGCGUCUCUCCAGUCAGCCAGGUUCAGGCUUCCCAAGCGUACGCGGAUCCUUCGCAGCCAAGGGCGUACCCAGUCUCUCGCGCUUCAAUCGCAGGGCAGGGGCUUGGCAGCAAGGCUGUGAACAUGCCCGCGAACUUUGUUGGCCGCCGUGCGACAGAGGAUGGCUACGGUGUUGACCUUGCAAGGCUGGUUGAGUUGGAUCAACGUCAGCGGUCCACAGACUCGAUGAGGUGGACGGAUGCGCCGCACCUUCACUCUCCUGCCGAUGACCGCCGCAGUAUCGCCAACUCUGAUUACAUCUCAAGCUCUAGCGCUGCACAAUCACGCAGUGGGAGUCUGCCACCUUCUCGCCAUGGCUCCGACCCCGUUCAAUACCCUCAGCCUACUGAUGCGUUCGCCCGCUUCCCCGGUGCUCGUGGGCACAAUGCAUCUCUGUCACAAACAAACGGCCGUUACAACGAACGGACCGACUCCAUGGCAAGCGACGUCAUGUCCUCGUUCGCGCGGAUGAGCAUGGAUAGCAAGGCUCCCGAUCAGCCCAUGGCAUUUCACAAGCCAUCUUUCAGCACUCCCGGCGGUGUUGGCCAAUUUGGACAUUCAUCUCACGCAUCGACGUACUCCCGCGCAACUCUUGGUGACAUUACCCAAAACGUUCUUGGAUCUGAUGAGGUUGGUGCCGGAACCUUUACGCCUGACGGCUUCCCUUCUCAAUACGACCAGUCCUUCUCAUACAGAAACCAUCAGCUCGCGACUCGAGGAUCGAUGACUCCCAAUGGCGAUUUUCGCACGAAUUACUACUCGACCGGCGGCACUCCUCCGGUCUAUGAUCACCUGUACCCCUCCCGAAAUGCGCAGAACGGUCGACCGGCUCACGACGGUCACUCCGCCAUGCUUGACAGGAAGCUCCGCAACGUGCAGCAAGAGCAGCAGGCAUUCAUCCACCCGGGAUACCAGCAGAUGCUUGCUGCCCAGUACGGACGCCCGUUUGACCCAUACGGCUUCCACAUGUCCAUGGGAAUGGCCCCUGGCAUUCCCAUGCAUAUUCCUACGAUGCCUGGGAUGAUUCAACAGCUUGAGCCGCCGAAAGGCCCAAGGCAAGAAGAGAGUGGCACUGGUCUCAGGAGUGCUAUGCUGGAAGAGUUCAGGCACAACAUGAGGACCAAGCGCUAUGACCUCAAGGACAUCUACGAGUACAUCUGCGAGUUCAGCGGUGAUCAACAUGGCUCGCGCUUCAUCCAGCUGAGGCUGGAAUCCGCCAACAGCGAUGAAAAGGAACGAGUUUUCAAGGAGAUCCAACCCAACGCCAUACAGCUGAUGACGGACGUAUUCGGCAACUAUGUGAUUCAGAAGUUUUUCGAGCACGGGGAUCAGAACCAGAAGAGGAUUUUGGCCGGCAAGAUGAAGGGUCAUGUUCUUAACCUUUCGGUGCAGAUGUAUGGCUGCCGCGUGGUGCAGAAGGCGUUGGAACACGUACUCGUCGACCAGCAAGCGGAGAUGGUGAAAGAGCUCGAGAACAGCGUCGUUAAGUGCGUGAAGGACCAAAACGGCAAUCACGUCAUCCAGAAGGCUAUCGAGCGCGUGCCGGCACAGCACAUCCAGUUCAUCAUCGAUUCCUUCAUAGGACAAGUCUCGGCGUUGUCUGUUCAUGGAUACGGAUGUCGCGUUAUCCAGCGCAUGCUCGAGCACUGCGAAGAACCGGCUCGCCGCACCAUCCUCCGGGAGCUUCACGCCUGUGCGGCGAUACUCAUCCCCGACCAGUAUGGCAACUACGUCACUCAGCACAUCAUCGAGCAUGGAGCCCCAGAAGACCGAGCGGCCAUUAUCGAAAUUGUCAAAGACAACCUGUUUCAUUUCGCCAAGCAUAAGUUUGCCAGUAAUGUCGUCGAGAAAUGCCUGGUGUUUGGCAGCGACGAUGAACGCCGGGAGAUUAUGAUGAAAAUCUGCGAAAAGCCCGCCCAUGGCGAGAGCACGAUUAUGAUGCUCAUCAAGGAUGGUUUCGGCAACUAUGUCCUUCAAAAACUGCUUGACACGUUGAACGCCACGGAUUACCUGGCAUUCCUCGAACACUUGCAGCCUGAGAUGAACAAGGCCAAGAAGACGCUCGCGGGGAAACAAGUCCAAGCUGUAGGCAUUUCUGCUGACGACCAGCGUAAACUUGCUAACCAGAUCGAAAAGGUCGAGAAGAAGAUGCGCCGGCUUGACAAGUACGAGCUGGUGCCGGACUCGGUGCAGCGCAACAGCAUGAGCCCGACUUCUGUGCCGGAGACGCCCAAGUCGUCGACGACGGAUGAGAAGAGCACGCAGCCGAGCUCACCCAACACUGCCGGGACGAAUUCGCCCGGGGCAGAGCGUGCGACCAAGGCAUGA